AUGGAUGCGAUAACAGAAUCGCCUGGACGAUAUCGGCCUGUGUCGCGCAAAUAUGAUACGAUAGACAGAAGAUAUAAGUUUUUUGAGGCGACUCGUGCUCAUCGGAUGCAAACAUAUUAUCCGUUGAUACAACUUGGUCGUUCCUCUUACUCAUCUACGCGACACAAGACUACCAAUCUGAAGUCCCAAGCUUCGACCGGAAGUGAAGUGGAUAUCAAUCAAUUUACAGCUGAUUCAGAUAGCGCGGCGGUAACAAUUAAUGACUUGUCGAAUGAUAUAUUAUUGACAAUAUUUGCUUAUUGUCAUCCGAUUGAUUUGAUCCACUGUUUCUCUUUGGUUUGUCACCGUUGGAAUUAUUUGGCGAAUCAUUCUGCUUUUUUCACCGAAGUUCGGGUAUUAGUUAACGAUAUUUCGUUGAAAUAUGGCAGUGUGAAAAAGUUUUUCCAUAGGACUUCGCAUUAUCUUCGGAAAUUGUGUAUUGAUUGUUCUGUACCAUUGCCAUCCGCCGAAGUGUACGCAUUAUUCGAAAUUUGUUUUCCUAAUGUAAUCCAUCUCGAUAUUGGCUCAUUUAAGGAAAUGAAUACUACACUAUUGACAAAAUUAUCAAAUAGCUUCCCGAAUGUUAAAACUUUGCACAUGGAAAAAGUGAGACAAAGUCCAGGGUCUGAUAAUCCAGACGAAUGGGAAAAGACGUUGGAAAUGUUAUUUGAAGAUGAAAACAUUUUCCCAGAAGUGAGAAAUUUUUUUGUUGGUAAUGUAAGUGUAUACAGUUCAGGAAAUGAUCCAAGAUUGCCUGCUUAUAAACGUCCGCUGAAUUUAUUACAUAUUUACGAUGGGAUAGCUGACAUUAAUUUCAGCGUGAUUAGAGCUUCUCCGUGGAGGUCUACUCUUACCGAACUUCAUCUUGGAUCUUAUAUUAGAAAUGAUGGCAUUGAGUACAUUGGUCUUUUGCAUAAUUUGAAAGUAUUUUCAUGGGGUCUGAGUUUGUAUACUUCUGAUCAAGAAUUUGCGCACAUAAAGAAACUGUACAAUUUGGAAGAGCUGCGGGUAUGGUUUGGCGGACAAGAUUGUGAUGUUUCGCCCGAUGGAUUAAUUCAAUUAUUCACUUUGCCAGAGAAAAGACCUGAAAAUUCAUUCCCAUACAAACUUAGGCAUUUAAUAAUGUCGAAUUACUUGGAAGGCACGGUCGAUCUUUUUAGAGUCAUUGAUCGGAAUUGUCCAAAUUUGAAAACACUGGGUUUGCCAUUCAGUGGAUAUUUGACGUUCAAUGAUGGAGUUAUGCCUUUCAUUGUUAGUAAUUUCAAGCAUUUAGAUUUUCUGGACCUAAGCAAUUUCGGAGAUUGUUAUAAAGACGAAGUCUGGAAUAAUUUAGAUGACGAUGAUUUACCAGAUUUGCGUCUUCUCAUACUUCAUGGAAAUAAGGUUAAUAUUGAAAAUUUGCAACGCUUGAAUUUGAAACGACCUAAACUGUUAAUUUCAACCAAGCAGAAUUAUUUUAUUAACUGGACCGAAACUGAGGAUGGCUGCGUUUUCCAUGAUUCUUUUGAUGGUGAUAUCAGAGCGAUAGCGAAUGAUUUACGCCAGAUUGAUGGGUUGCGUGAUUUUAUAAUAAAUCCGGGAUUAUCCAUUUGUGACAAUAUUAACCUGAACGUUUUUACACGUUCAUCAUCAGCCGACUUUUAUACUGACUACAGGGUAAGACCGUACACCAGUAAUGAUUCUGUCUAA